ACUACCAACAGCCAGAAGCAGCACUUAAAUUUAUUAGGUUUCCAAUCCUCUUAUGAUGAGACCCGCUGACCGCCCUUGAUUGGAAGCCUGGUAUCCGGAUAUGAGCGUCACUAAAUCAGCAUCCAGCGCAACACGCAGCCGCUUUGGGAAAUGGCCGGACUAUCCAAACUCUCCGACAGAGUGAGAUGAACCUGCUGGACACCUGACGAGAUGAUCCUCCUAUAAAAUGCGUGCAGUAGUUUGCACUUUGUCGGCCAUGUAACUUGUGAAAUUAUUAUGCAAGAGAACAAACCGGAUUGUUUGUGCCAGCGGUAUCCCAAGGACAUAAUGACUUCGGCUGUUCCUCGAUCGGGAUUUGUUGUCUUUUGCAUGGUUUUAGUCAUGAUUUGUGCCCUGUACCCUGUGCUGAAGGCACUGUGUGUUCAGAUUCACUCUGCUGUCACAGGAAGCUAUGUGGCCGGAUAUCACUCUGUGCUGCUUGUCAACUGUCCCACAGAACAAACUGCUAGAGACAUUGGGAGGAGCAUCAUGGAGAAAAGGCUGGCAGCUUGCGUGAAUAUAUUUCCUCGCACUACCACUAUGUACUACUGGAAAGGAGAGAUACGGGAUACCUCAGAAAUACUGUUGCUUGUGAGGACAAGAACAUUUCUGGUGCAAAGACUUGUGACUUAUAUAAAAGCUGUGCAUCCAUAUGACAUUCCAGAAAUCAUCAGUUUUCCUAUUGACGAUGGAAGUCAACUAUAUUUGAAGUGGAUGGAAGAUGCUGUCACUGAUAUUUGACAUCAUUCUGCAGUACAGUGGAAAAGCUCUCUUGUUGGAAGCUCACUACACAGAAACACUGAGGGAUCAGGGGACAUGAUCACAAAUUCUCAGGUUAAUGGGAACCCUGGCCCACACAAUGUCUGUUAAUAUAAAGAUAAGUGUAUACAUUUACUGGAUGGAUAUGUGGAAAGGGAUUCUGAUGUGUUUUUACCAGUACUAUUACAUUUAUGCAUUUAGCAGAUGCUUUUAUCCAAAGUAACCUACAAUAGAAGAACAAAAGCAAUUUGUCACAGAGCCAACAAUAUUUAUAGUAUGCCAGGGUUAUUAGACUAGAUUUGGAAGCAAGCAGAGGAGUAAUGCAGAGAGAGAUAUAUUUAAUUUUUUUUAAAGCUAAGAAGUAGCUUAAAAAAAAACCCUUUGAAACAGGGUUUCCGCGGGUCUUAAAAAGUCUUACAUUUAGUUUUAUCAAAUUUAAGGCCUUAAAAGGUCAUAUACAGGAAAGUCUUAAUUACGAUUUCAAGAGGUCUUAAAUUUGGGGAUGGAAAGACCAGAUUUCCGAUAUGGCUGAAUAUGAAGAUUAAACUUCAAAAGGCAAACGUUAUGAUUUCAUUAAAUAAACAUGCUUUGCUGCUUUGUGUUCUACUGUUACCAGGGAAACAGUUACAUUCUACCAAACGCUCCACCUGCUGGCAGAAUGAAUGAGCAUUUUCGAUGAACGAGAGUUGUUUUGUUCAGAGUUCAGACCAAUUUGAAAAUCGACCCAUGUUUUUGCCCUGCAAACACGCAGAGCUUUAAAUGUGAACUGGUGGAUCGAUAAGAAGACAAUGCAUUAUAAAUAUCUAAAAAGUAUAGAGUUGUGCGAUUUGGUCUGCGAAUUCUGCUAUGAUAUCACAAUUGUUGGUUUAACUCAUAGACUGUAUAAAAACAUGGACGUAGUGUCCGUGACGUCACCCAUAGGUUUCCAAACAGGGGGACAGGGUUUCA